AUGAAAUUCUGGGUUUUGGACCUUUGCAUUCUUCAAACUCUUUCUUCUAGAGGCCGUUGCUUUAACCGUCACAUCCAUGUCUUUUACAAUACCGUGGGACUGAGCGCCAAUGUUGUGCAUGCGCUUCAUGUCGCCGGGAUCGGUACUUUCUUUACCGGAUGGGGCUGCGAGUUUGUGAUCGAACUUCAAUUCGAGGAGGAGACCUGUCAAUACUGGGGUGAAACCCUUGCUCACAUCUCAUUUGGACUAUUUGGGUUCGCGGAUUCAAGAAAUCCUGUGACCCUGCUUGGGCCCCUGGUCAAUUACCUGUUCCUACGCUUCAUGGCGACUCCGAGCCUGAAUGAAGAAACCCAAGAAUUGCGCUUCGAACUUGAGAAGAGUCCCAACCUUGCGCAGCUGAAUGAGUGGCUCGAAAGCAAGAAUAGCCUCUAG